UCUUAUACACGAUCAUGGCAGACACCCAAGACCCCGGCACGCGUCCUCACCGCAGAAGGGCAUUCGUCCGCCCUCAGGAUCGGCAUGAUUGCGAGCAGGAUGGCUACGAUGUCAAGUACGACAACGAUGGCCGCGGGGAAGAACUCGGGGAGAACGCCCGCGUUUGGCGCAUGUUCCGGGACGAGGGAUCGGCCCACGACACAAGAGCCUUCCAAGGGCUGCGCGACCACUUGGAUGUAGACCUCGUAUUCUCUGGAUUAUUCGCCGCGGUGGUGACAACAUGUCUCACGCAAUCGUCCCAAGCGCUGCAGCCCGACCACGCAGAAAUCGGCGCCGCUCUUCUUUCUGAAUUGAUCGCGGUCCAAAGGGCGAUAGCGAGCGGGACGCCAGUCAGCGAGAUCCCGCCAUCUGCACUCCAACCGAAGGACGUGACGGCGUCGAGCUUGGACUUCUGGACCAACCGGUUCUGGUACUUCAGCCUCCUGCUCGGUCUUUUCGCUGCAUUCCUGGCCUUCAUCGUCCGCGGUUGGCUCCACGCAUACGACAAUGAAGUCUUUGGCAGUCCAAAACACCGUGCGCUCACACAGCACUACAGGCGCAUGGGUUUGGACCGCUGGCACGUCGGUCUGAUCGUGCUCAUACUCCCUACGCUGCUGCAUGCCUCGAUGCUGCUGUUCUUCGUCGGCCUGACCCUGAACCUCCGGAUUUUCGACGUGCCCAUGGCCAAGCUCGUCAUCGCGCUCACGGGGACGUUCUACGCGCUGUACUUCAUGUCGGUCUGCCUGCCGGUCUUCUUCCCGCAAUGCCCGUAUCGCUCGCCCCUGUCGGAGUGGGCAUAUCGCGUGAAGGCGGCGCACGACUGGCUGCGCGCGCUCCUGCGCGGCGAGGAGGGGCGCGCGCUCCCGAGGACGUGGCGGGAGCUCGAGGAGCGCGAGGUGGCGGCGCACGCGGACUACAUCAUCUCCAGAGGCCUCGACCUGGCGCUCCAGGAAUCCAGCGACCUCUCCAUCGACUCGCUCGUCAUCCAGGCCGUCUCCAGUCUCCCCUACUACUCAAGGCGUGACAAGCGUGCGGAUAAGUACUACGGGAAGCUCCUCCGUGGCCGCGUCCUUGCCUGGUUCUUCACCACUCUGCGUAACCGGGGCUUCGUCUUCGAUUGGGCGCCGGGGCGUGAGAGGGUGCUGCAGCGCAUAGCGUGUGCGCUCCUGCUCGUUCCCGAGGACAGGGUACGCUCGAGUUCUGCCGAUAACCUGCAGUAUACCCGUUGCGCCACGCGCAUCUUGCAAGCGCUGGUGCACGCCAUUUCCUCGGCCGACGUCGCGGACUCAGAUAUGAUGAUCCUCAUCGCAAUUUCCAUCGCGCUCGAAAGCAGGCUCGAUCAGAAUGAGCGCCAGUCCAUACUUGAACUCAUCAGCAGUGAAGCCCUCAAAGCAAGGAUUGUGAAUGCCUAUACGACACUGGCUCAAAGCGACCACCAAGGUGGUCUGCGCCUACAACCCGUGGUAUGGGAAGGCAUGCUGAUAUCCUUCGAAAAUCGCUGCUCCGGCGCAUAUGUUCCGGAACCGCUCGCGCUUCUGCUGUGGCAUAGCUUCUCCUACCGUGAGGAUCUAUCGUUGGUGGACGAAGAUCGACAGGGCUUCCCCGCAAUUUCCACUGUCACCUUGCGGCGAUGGCUAGACUCGACGCCCGAGCGUCGCUUAUUGGCGCAGGACGUUAUUCACAGCUCCCUGUGCCCUUCGCCGUCGUGUCAAUGGCAACCGGCUGCGGUUCGUGGUGAACGAGGGGAUGCUGAAUCAGACGCCGCCGACGCCACCAGCUCUUUGCACACGGUAUGUCGCGCCAUCGAAGUUCACCGCAUUACGAUGGGUACCGCGAUCGGGGACUCCGAUUUCUUGUCGACGCAGGCAAUUGAACCAUUGCUCGUCUCUCUCUACCACGGCUCGCUCGGAAAUACGUGGAGGAUCGUCGAAGGCUCCGGUGUAUCACUUCCGUUCUUCUCGAAAUUCGUCUCUCGCUGUCGCCCAUCGACACUGGAGUUGCUCAAGCCGAAGGACGCGCCGUCCUCCUCUACUCUGGCCGGGGAGCAAUUCUGGUUCCUUGCUCAACUUCUGUCGGCACUCGACGAUGAUGCCAAUGAUCCAUUUGGGUCCAGCGGUCCAGCGUCCGCAAGCUCUUCGUCCUCUUCUUCUGUCCCCUCGCUCCCUGCUUCUUCUAUCCCCUCGCUCCCCGCUUCUCCUGCCGCGUCUUCGUCGUCCGCCCUCCCUCGCGCAACGGACCCAGCCAAGCUUGACAUCGUACGGGCGAUGGAACACCAGGCCGCCGCCUAUUUCCCCACCGCUGCCGCCGCAGGUGUCCCCGACGAGCUCGAUCCUCUGCCACUCGUCCGCCCGGUGGUGAUGGCAAUCUUGACUGACCCCCGUCUGGCGCUGCUGUGUGCGCCACCAAGGGUCAUCGCAUGGACGGUAGCGGCGCGCCUCAGGGGACUAGCAGGCGAUGCCGGACACGCAAAGGAGACCCGGCGGAUGGACCUGUCGUGGUGCGUUUUCCUGGAUGUGCUCGUCGCAGCGCGCGCCACGCGGGACGGUGUCGAGGCGCGCGCCACGCGAGACGGUGUGCAGGCGGCGAAGGCACUACACGACGCGCUGAUCUCGCUGCGGCCGACGCAUGGCCGUGUAUGGACUCGGCGCGUCUUGAGCGCCUUCGAGUCCCCCAUUCCGCCGGCCCUGGGUAUAGCGCUCGCAAGCCCGCGCGGCUGCGAAGCCCUCGCUCAGCUGAUGGACACCAUGCCUUCUUCACCGGACUAUCCCUCGAUCUCGGACAAUCGACCGGUUAUCGGGGACGGCCUGGAGACUUUGAGAAUCCUAAAGACCUUGAGAGUCUGGCUAGACGAGGAGUGGUACCAAACUUGUGUUUCUCAUCCGGAGGAACCUUGCCGAUCUGACACGGUGCCGAUCUGGAAGCUUGUGAAUUUCGAGCAGUACUCGGAGCGGCUGCACGACGGGCAAUGUGCUGCAGUCGCGCAUAACGACGUGGAGCGCGCGAGCCGUGUGUGGGGCCGCAGUGAGGCUGAAGCCGGGGAUGACUGCGGCCAAGGGGGUUCCAAUAAAGUCGAAGGCUCCAAUGUAGUCGAAGAGGACGAGGAGAAACGAGCCGACGCUCGCAUCAUUCCCUUUGAGGCUGUUCGCUGGGCCAGGCUGCGCGGGAUAUUACUGAUAUUCUUGCGCAGCGAGCGUCGUCGAGGGGAGCAUAUAGAUCUCCAGGACAGCUCCGAUGACAUGAAAGCAGUUUGAAUGAUGGUUUAGGGUAACAGGGCUAUGGGAUUAUUGAAAGGCGCAGGACGGAUAGAAUGAGGGGGGUGGGCUGCGAUAGCAUAUUCGGAGCAGGACAUUAUUAUAUCCUUCGAGUCAUCAUGUACUUUGGCGAAAUCGGAAUUUAUGUUGCGCGCAGCAUCAACCGAGCGUCGAUGCC